UUACAAUAUGAAGAUGUUUUUCAAAAGAAGAGUUGGAACGUCAGCAAACACAAUGAGGCUGGAAACAAUAGCAAUACUUUUACUUACAGCAGAAUGAUAAUGGACUUCAAAGAAACCCUGAGAGAUGAGGAUUCACAGGAUUUCAAAGACUUAAGUGAUAAAGUUAGCAGAGAUCUAUAUAAAGUUUACAUAGGGCAGUAUCCUGAUUUCCUCAGAGCACUGGUUAGAAGUUUCAGGCCGGGAUCAGUCAUCCCAGAAGUAGAUCUGGAAUUCAAAGCCAAUUCCACGACCCCAAGCAAUACCGACAUCGUCAGAGCUCUCUACACAGCAGUGACUGGAUCAGGAAAUCUGGGAGACCUAGUAUUGGACAAAACAAGCAUUACAUCGAACACUGCUAGUGUGAAUACACUGCCUCCACUCAGGAUUGUUACAGAAUUUCUCCUUACAGACGGCUUUACACCAGGACUGUCCAGUAGCAUAUCUGCAGAAUCAAUUCAACUUAAUGAUAAAAUCAAUAAUUGGUUGAAACCUAUCCUUGAAACAUAUUAUGGUCAAACAAUGGUGAAUUCAGCCUUUGCAAACUUCAGCAACUCUGAUAAUUGGAUCCAGACCAAGGUGGAAUAUCAAUUCAGCACGCCCAUAAUUGUGAACCCAACCAAGAUAAUUGAUGGUAUCCUUGCAAGCACAAGUCCUGUACGCUAUGUGAGAGGCACCCUGAAAGUCAAUGAAAAUCAAGCACAAUUUCAGAUGUUCCCGUUUAGUUUGAGAAUACUGAACAAAGACUUCUCUGAUGGCCUAUCUAACAGAGGCUCCACAGAGUUUAAAGAGCUCAGCACACAAGUCACAACCUCGAUAAAGAAGCUUUUUGGGAAUGAGAAAGGAUUUUCAGAAGUCUAUGUAACGAAACUCACGAAAGGCUCGGUUGUUGCCAGUACAGAGGUGACCUUCUCCCCAGGAUCUACCUCACCAAGCAGGGUGUCUCAGAUCCUACUUAAUGGGAUCCCCUCUCUGGAAACAGAAGGCUUGAAAAUAGACUCCACUUCCAUUAACCCGCCAGCGCCACCCACUCCCAGACCCUUCCCUGGGUUUGCUGUUGCCAUCAUUGUACUGUGUGGCCUGGCCAUCCUCAUUAUCCCAAUACUCAUUAUUGUGGCCUUGAAGACAGGGCUGUUCAAGAAGCUAGCACAAGCUUUCUCUCUGAGGUCACCAGAUUAUUAUGACUUCUAAACUGCUCACUCUUUUGGGGCAAUUCAUGUAUAUGCAGUAUCAGAAAAAUGGGACCAGGAAGCAAAAUGUUAAUGGAAACUGAAAGCAACUGAAUUUCUCAUUUUUUACAAUAUACACAGUAAUUAUUUGUUUGUAAUUUAUAUAUAUAUAUAUAUAUCAUGCUUGAAUGGGUGGAAUCUACACACUCUUUGUGACCUAAUUCAGAUUAAUAUAUAUUUUUUUAACCUAGUUUUUAUUUUACCCUUGAAAAACAAACUCAUUUUGGUCUGAAUGGCUUAACGGGCAUAGCAACAAAAGAGAAAGAAAGUGUAAUAAUAAAAGCCACAGCACAGAACAGUGGAGAGCAGUUCUGUGUAUGAACACAGAGUACUAAUGAUCCCCUGGAAGAGUUAUCUGAGGCUAGGCCAAAUACAACCAAAACACACAUUUCAAACCUGAAAGGGUUUAAUAGAAAGAAGAUUCCAUUGAAAAUGAAUGUGUAUCCAUUUAAACAGUUUGGAAUGGUUCCCGUAGUGGUUGUGUAGAAAGCCUGUUUCUUUUGCUCUUCACACUUCCAGAGUGUGCUCUGUUUCUGUAGUCAUGCUGUCUUUCUUCCCUGUUGGGAUUUUGUGUAUGAAAAGGUAUUAUAUAAUUGUUUAGAAGACAGCGAUAGUACAUUAAAUAUCUUUGAACAAAAACUAAUGUACCAUAUUUGUGUAUGUAAAUGUAUGAUCAUUUGAAUUCUAUAGCAAAUAAACUAUGUAAUAUAUAAAUUGAUGUUUGUUGUUAU